AUGGCUGGAAUCAAAGCACCAAAGAAGCCCAUGACCACGACCGAUGCCGCUCGCAUCCAGUCCGCCCAGGCUAAAGCCGGUAACGACGUUGGCAAGAGAAGCUUCCCCGCAAGAGCACAGUCGGCAGCGCAGAAUAAUGUCAAUAAAGCUACAGGUGGAGCUGGAGCUGGAAGUACUCCCAAAGCGGCGACAGGAAAGCCAGCUAGUGGCACUAGUAAUAAGAAGAAGUAA